AUGAAAAAAGAAAUUAUUCGUCGCAGUGGUAUUCAAUUAGUUUACGGACAAGCCAAACCGGGUGCCAGUUUAGCUUUUUUAAAAAAUAUGGCUCUUUUUUGUCGUGAGUUCAAUGAAAAAACUAAAAAUAAAAAUGGUGAGUUGGUUAAUGUCGAAAUAACCGUCUAUGCUGACAAGUCCUAUGACUACACUAUUAGCACUCCUCCUAGUAGCUAUCUAAUAAAAAAAACCGUGGGCGAAAAAAAAGAAAUUACCCAAGCUGAAUUAGAAAAAAUAGCCCAGCAAAUAAUGCCCAGCCUUAAUACUGAUAACCUAGAACAAGCCAAAAAAAUUGUGAUUGGCACUGCCCGUAGUGCUGCGGAUUUUUCCCCGCUGCUUAAUUUUGAGAGGCGACGAAGGACGCGAUAUCCUGCGAUAAGUUUCGGGGAGCCGGAAAUAGGCUACGAUCCGGAAAUUUCCGAAUGGGACAACCCAUUAUCAGAAAACGCAUUAGGAGUUACAAAGGUUAUUGAUAGAAGAAGCGGUUGGAAAGCCGUACCAAAGAAGCAACGGGGGCCACCCCGUAAGGCUAAAUACUCAUUAGUCACCGAUAGUGAACUAGUACC